AUGGCUCCGCGCGUCGCUGGCAAGCGGCAGAAGCAGGAGCGAGCGGCAAGGGCGGCGGACGACGCGGAGAAGGCGAAGGAGCUAGAGAGCAUUUUGUUCGGUAAAUCAAGCGAUUACGUGGCAGACCUUGGAAAUGAGCUGGCAGCGGGAGCGGUGGACAGUGAAGCUGCCGCGGACCUUCCGCCGAACAGCGAGGAUCUGAUCACCGCGCAUUUCGGCGGAGAACCCGGGGGAGAAGGCGGGAAUGCGGAGGGUUUGGCAGGGGGCGAGGUUCUGCUGGGGUUUAUCGACCGCAAGAAGCAGCGAGUGGAGGAGGAGGACUGGCGGAAGGGUUCAAAGGGAAAGAAGCGCAAGGGGAAGGGCUUAGAGGCGGAAGCGGAGAAACCCGCGUGGGUGGACGAGGAGGACGAGACGCUGGUUGUGACUAUAACGGGGCAGAAUCGGCUGAGGAAGCUGCGGAAGGAGGAGGACGAGGUCGCUGUAUCGGGGGUGGAGUACCAGCAGCGGUUGCGUGCGCAACACGUUAGGUUGAACCCGGGAACGAGGUGGGCCAAGGUAGGGUUAGGGAAGCAGCAGAAGGAGAAGAAAGAGAAGAAGGAAAAGCCGGUUACGAGAAAGGAGAAGCGGGGCGAUGCUGUUAAAGAGAAGCGUUCUAACGAGGAUGCUGAGAGCGAGGAGGAGGAGGAGGCGGAUGCAGGGGAGUUAUCAGAUGGGGAAGCAAGGGGGGUAUUCAGCGAUCUAGAGCAGGAGAGAGCUGCCAUGGGGUUGGGUGAGGACGAGGAUGAGGAGGGAGAGAGUGAAGGAGAGGAGGAUCAGGACGGAUUUGAUGCCGAUGAGAUUCUGCGCAACAUGCCAAUGCUUGCCGGCCAGAGCAAGGACCGAGCCAGCCAGCGCACCACCCACCGCCUGCCGCCCGGGCGAAUCCGAAUCUCCCGCGUGCGCGACGCCAACUGGCAGGCCCCCACUGGCGCCAGCGCCAUCACUCCCGUCGCGCCGUCCCGCGCGAUCCAGUCGCUGAGCUGGCACUCGAACGGGCAGCUGCUGCUGUGCGGGAGCAUAGAUGGACGGGUGAGAUUCGUCCACGUGGACGGCGAGGAGAACCCCGAGUUGCAGUCCAUCUACUUUGAAAAUGUGCUCGUGCGCACCGCUGCUUUCACUGCUGACGGCACCCAGGUGGUUGUAGCGGGGCGUAACGGUCGUAACGCGAAUCGCGGUUACGCCACGGGCGAAGCGUUCAAUGGGUACCAUGUGUAUGAUAUCGGCGCGGGGCGAGUCGCCCGCGUGGAUGGGAUAAUCGGGCGGCCAAAGCGCGACCCGCCGCUGACGCGCUUCGCCCUGUCCCCGGAUGGAGGCAAGGCGGCGUUCCUGUCUCGCGACGGGUUUAUUGUGCUCGUGUCACUCAAGUCCCGCCAGUGGAUGGGCAACCUGAAACUCAACGGCUCCGUCUCCUCCGUCUGCUUCGCACCUCCCGUUCCCUCCGACGCUGCCGCCGGUGCUGACGGGUCCGAUAGUCCAAGCGGGCAAGCCCUGACAGGGGAGCAUCAGAUGCUGGCGACGGGCAGUGACGGGGAGGUGUACCACUUUGAUCUGCGCAUGAUGCGCUGCAUUCACCGGCGGGCAGACGACGGGUGUGUGAAGGGCACCGCCAUUGCAGCGUCCCCAGACGGGCGGCACUUCGCGGCUGGAUCCGACUCUGGAGUGGUGAAUCUGUAUGACCGCCCGGCGUUCCUCCGCUCAGGACCCUUUGGAAGCAUAUCAUCAUCAGAAGCAGCAUUGGGAACGGGAGGCUUGAGCCGGGACAACGAGAAGCCGCUGCAACGGGCGUUCAUGAAUUUAACGACUGAAAUAGACGCGCUCUCGUUCAACCACGACGGCCGCAUCCUCGCUCUUUCCUCCCGCGAGCAGCGCGACUCGCUGCGCCUGGUGCACGUGCCGUCGCGCUCCGUGUUCUUCAACUGGCCCACUGAACGCACAGCACUGCAGUUUGUGCACGCGGUGGAGUUCAGCCCGCACAGUGGGUACCUGGCUGUGGGGAACCGGCGGGGGAAGGUGCUGCUAGGCCGCAACAUGCCGGAGUGCCACGAUCUGUACCAAACAACGAGCGAACAACAUGUGGGUCGAUAUGUGGAAAAGACAAGGGAUAAUAUCGAAAGCAGGAGUCAUGAGAGACAGGAAUUCAAAGAAGGUGGCGGCGGUGGCGGCAGUGGUGGUUGUGGUGGUGGUGGUGGUGGUGGUGGUGGUGGUGGUGGUGGUGGUGGUGGUGGUGGUGGUGGUGGUGGUGGUGGUGGUGGUGGUGGUGGUGGUGGUGGUGGUGGUGGUGGUGGUGGUGGUGGUGGUGGUGGUGGUGGUGGUGGUGGUGGUGGUGGUGGUGGUGGUGGUGGUGGUGGUGGUGGUGGUGGUGGUGGUGGUGGUGGUGGUGGUGGUGGUGGUGGUCGCAGCGGUGGUGGUGGUCGCAGCGGUGGUGGUGGUGGUGGGGUUGCAGUCCAACCUGUGGAGGGCCAACAGCAACGAACCUCAAGCCAGAGGCAGAGGGCGGUGGAAACCACCCCUGUGUACCCCAUCUGUACCCACGGCCACGAGCUCACCACCGAGGCUAAUCUUUCCACAACAUCAGUGGGUGACGUGGCACUGAUGAGCUCCUUGGCCUGGGCGACUAAACUGGGCAGGGUGUGUGAGGUAAGAAGAGCAGGAAGAGGAGACGCGAGGUCUGCUGCAGUUACUGGCAUGGCUGCUGCGGCUGCUGUGGCUGAUGCAGCUGUUAUAGCUGAUGCCCCUAUGUCGGCUGCAAGGGCGGUGGUGGCCAAUGGAAGGUCUAUGAGGCUGAUGAAUGCUGUGCCAAUAGCAGCACAGCACGCCACAGUGGAUAUCUGCCAGUGCGCGAAACAAUUCAGCACACACAGAGGAGCAGCGUUACAAUGA